UUUGUCUCAGUCGUUUUGCUUGCAUUUUACUGGACAGCUCUCAUCACAAACACACACACACAACAUGUUCCGUCGCAAGCAAGCCCCGACAAGCGCAGCAGUCUCGUCGUCGUCCAGCAGCGGCGGCGUCAACCACCCAGCACAGGCGAUCGCGCGGGUCAAGAAAGAGUAUGUCGAGUGCCAGUCUGACGAAGGCAUGAAGUCCUGCAACAUCAAGCUCUCUCUUGUGGAGGACUCGUUUGUCAAGCUGCGUGGCGAGAUCCCGGGACCGCUUGGAACCCCAUUCGAGGGCGGCGUGUUCCAAUUGCUGAUUGAUAUUCCCCAAAACUACCCGUUCAACCCACCGAUUGUGAAAUUUGAAACCAAGGUCUGGCACCCGAACGUGAGCUCGCAAACCGGAGUGAUUUGCCUGGAUAUCCUCAAGGACCAAUGGGCGGCUGCAAUGACAUUGAGGACGGUCAUGCUGUCCAUUCAGGCGUUAAUGUCGACGCCCGAGCCCGACGAUCCACAAGAUGCAGUUGUUGCCAAUCAGUAUCGCAGCAAUCGAGAAGAGUACAAUCGCACUGCCAAGUAUUGGACUGACGUUUACGCAAGACCGGGCGUAUCAGAAGACGAUGUCAAGAUCAAGCAACUCAUGGACAUGGGCUUUGAUGAAGCAAAGUGCAAAACAGCGCUGGCAAAGGCGAAAGGCAACGUCGAGCAAGCGAUCGAGCACCUGUUUGCUUAGUUGCAGUUGCAGUGUACGAAGAGGAAAGAGGGGACUCUAGCCAACAUGUUUGACGUUGAUUCGAUGGGAUUUGUAUGGAUGCAUGUGUGUUGGUGUGUGUGUGUAUGUGUACUGCAUCAUCCAAUCAAGUCACCCAUGAUCACCAAGCAAAAAACAG